UGCACGUCGAUUUACCAUACUCUACCUUUACCGGCCGUAGAGAGAUCAAAUUGAGAGAACAAUUCGUUCGACUUCGAGGACGCCAAACCCUAAACCAAAGGACCUGCUUGGACGACGACGACGAUAAUCAGAGCUCCGAUCAUGGCUCUCUCUUCUCGCCUCCUUGCCAAAUCCAAACAGUUGCGUGGUUCCCAGAUCCUUCUGCCCCUGGAGCAUGCUUUUCCUGUUCGGAGCUUUGCCAAAGAAGCUGCUCCUGCAGCCCUUAAAGGAGAUGAGAUGUUGAAGAACAUUUUCUUGGAGGUCAAAAAGAAAUUUGAGACAGCCAUGGGGGUACUUCGGAAGGAAAAGAUCACCAUAGACCCAGAUAAUCCUGCUGCAGUGGAGCAGUAUGCAAAGGUCAUGAAAACUGUUAGAGAAAAGGCAGAUCUGUUCUCAGAAUCCCAGCGUAUUAAGUACACCAUCCAAACACGGACUCAAGGCGUUCCAGAUGCUCGAACAUAUUUGUUGACAUUGAAGGAGAUACGAAUCAGGAGGGGUCUUACUGAUGAGGUUGGUGCAGAGGCUAUGAUGAUGGAUGCAUUGGAAAAAGUUGAAAAAGAAAUUAAGAAGCCACUCAUGCGGGAUGACAAGAAGGGAAUGGCUCUUCUUUUGGCAGAGUUCGAUAGGAUCAAUAAGAAACUUGGAAUUCAAAAGGAAGAUCUGCCAAAGUAUGAAGAACAGUUGGAACUCAAAAUUGCAAAAGCACAGUUGGAGGAGCUCAAGAAGGAAGCUCUCGAGGCAAUGGAAACUCAAAAGAAAAGGGAGGAAUUUAAGGAUGAGGAGAUGGUUGAUGUAAAGUCCCUGGACAUCCGGAACUUCCUGUGAGUUUGUUUGCUUGAAGGCGUGUUGCUUCUCCAUAACAGCUGUGAAGAAGAUGCCCUAAUCCAGCAAUUGUCUGAAAUGAAUAUUUAACCUUUUUGAGGCAUGUUAAAAAAAAAAAAAAAGAGAACUUUCAAGCAAGGUAACAGUUGCAACCGGAUGAACUGUUUGGUCAUUUUUUUUUUUAUCAUUCCAGUCCUGAUGCUGAGAAAGGCUUUCUUUUGUUUCCAUGGGCCAUGGCCAUGGCCAACUUGUGUUUUUGAAGUCUCUUAAUCUAUAUAUCGUUGCAUAAUAUGAUUGUGAACGUGGCUUUUCUGAAUGCCAAGACUCAUUACACUGUCCGUUCACAAUGAUCAAACCCAGUUUGGAUUUUUGAA